GAAUAGACAUUAUUUAACUUUAGGAAUUUAAUUUUCUAAAUACAAUAUGUCUACCGAAGAAAAAACAAACACAGAGUCAGCUCAAGCAAUUAUAAAUUUUUUGAAAUCUAGUGUACCUAAAUCCGAAGUUGCUAACGUAGAAGCAGAACUUAAAAAGGACUUUGUUCUAGGUAUUAAAAAGAGCAAGAAUCUUAAACAAAAAGCGAGGAAAAAGAAGAGCAAAAAUUUAACCAGAAGAGAAAAGAAAGCCUUAGGAUUCUAUAAUAUUUCUAGAAACAGUAUGAAAUAUGAAGAUUUGUUGCCAAUGCAUUUGAUGUGGUCGGAUUAUAUGUUCAAUGUUUUAGAUAUUGAAAAAUUGUCUGGCAUCCCUGAAUGCUAUUCUAAAGGAUGGGAUAACUUUACUCAAUCUUUCUAUAGAGCUGAUUUUCAUGGUAGUAUGUUGGAAGUUGUACGUUCAAAAUGUCCAAGCUAUGUUGGCAAGAAAGGAAUUUGCAUAAUGGAUACCCGUUACACUUUUAAAAUGAUCUCCAAAGAUAAUGUAAUUACCACAAUACCAAAGCAAAGUAGUGUUUUCGAUCUAUACCUAAAGACAUUUAAAGUUACAUUCUUUGGUAAACUCCUGUGUGUUCGCCCUGCUGAAAGAUCCACAAAAAAAUUAAAAAGCUACUUAUAUCCAGACCUAAAUUAAAUACAGUUUAAACAAAAUCAAUAUUCAUU